AGCAUAACGUGGUCCGGAUGGUCAUACUUUGUUUAGGGCGUCGAAGAAGCAUCACUAUUGAACCAAUAUCAGUUGCCGGAAUUCGCGAUUGAGAAAAACGAAACAAGACCAGGCACUACCAUCAAAACCUCGGCAAUUAUGGCGCAUUUCAAGGGCCAGAAGAUCCCAAUAUGCUAUGCAUCCUGUUCGAUAGGUCACAGCGAUAAGCAUACACUUCCAGAAAAGCUCAAGGCUUUUGCUAGUGCAGGUUUCGAUGCGAUCGAGCUUGCUAUGCCAGACAUUCUGACAUAUGGCCAACAAAUAUCUGAAAGCAAGAAGGAAAUCGAUCCAAAAGACUACGCCACGCUGCGGUCAGUUGCACAGAAAAUUGGCGAGUUAUGCAAGAAAGAAGGCCUGAAAAUAUUGAUCCUGCAGCCGUUUGCCAAUUUCGAAGGUUGGCCCAAAGGCAGUCCAGAAAGGCAAGAUGCCUUUGAUCGAGCCAGGGGAUGGAUGAGUAUCAUGGAGGCAGCUGGCACAGAUAUGAUGCAGAUCGGUUCCUCUGACGCCGAGGGGAUAUCCUCGAGCUUUGACUAUCUGGCUUCCGAUUUGGCUGAAUUGGCGGACAUCUUUGCAGAAAAAGGCUUUCGUAUCGCCUAUGAGAAUUGGUGUUGGGCUACACAUGCACCCACCUGGAAAGAUGUAUGGGAGAUCGUGGAAAAAGCUGACCGACCCAACCUGGGCCUAUGCCUCGACACAUUUCAGAGCGCGGGAGGUGAAUGGGGAAGCCCAACGACAAAAUCUGGGUUGAUCGAGGACGUGGACAAGAGCGAGUUGGACAAGAGGUGGAAGGCCAGUUGUGAAGAGCUCUCCAAAACGGUUCCUCCAGAGAAGAUCUUUUUCCUGCAGAUUUCUGAUGCCUACAAAAUGCAACCGCCCCUGGAAGACAAGCCCGAUGAGAGCGGCCUCAGACCUCGAGGGCAAUGGAGUCAUGACUACCGCCCAAUUCCAUAUAACGGCGGAUAUCUGCCCAUUGAAGAUUUCACCAAAGCUGUACUUGCGACUGGGUUCCGUGGCUGGCUUUCCAUGGAAGUUUUCGACGGCAAGGAUCCGGAGAGAUAUGGUGACGACAUGAAGCCAUUCGCAAAGCAAGCCUUUGAUUCACUGCAGAAGUUGUUGGACGAGGCUGGAGCAUAGAACCUGAUCGUCGCGGAGUUGGCCAGAGAACCAGGUAUUCAUAGUUGUACAGGUCCCACAGACCCACCUGCGGAAGGCAUGUCCUGCAUCAAAAGUCCGUAACUUUGUGUCUCUGAGCCGUGCAGGUUGCUGUAUCCGGUACACGGCAGAUACAAUGCUGUUAGAUGGGCAAAGAACUCCAGGUUCCGCGGUCGUCCUGAGGGAGCGCAUGGCUUGGUGCGACCCUGCUCAAUCCCCAGCCACCAUAUGGUAGCACAGCCUGGUCGUCAGCCUCCAACGGCGUAUGUACCACCUGCGACGAAGAGCGUGUCGUUGCAAACAUGGCUUGGAACGCAUUGUCACACUGCGUGCAAGUCCAAGCCAGCGAAUUGAAUGAAUAAGUCGUACCUGCCAGACCUGUCAAGAAAGAAGCAGUCUGAUUGUCUCAGUUCGGUUUGAAGAGAUCGACAGGGCUUAUCGAGAC